CAUGUAUCCCCAUCUCCGUCUCCCUGAAACGUUUAAAAAUUUUAUCGCAUUUAAAAAUUUUAAGCUUGAAAAAAAAAUACAUGAUGGAAAGUUUAGUGAAAUUUUUCUCGAAAAAUAUAAUGAAAAAGAUGUUGCAGGUAUUCAAAUUCUUCAAUAUAAUAAAUCAUUUUUAAGAGAAUUUGCCUCCGGUGGAGACUAUACUCUAAUUUGGGAUAAUAAAUUUCGCCGACAAUGUUAG